AUGCCGUACAACACUCGGCGCAAGUCGCUAUCACUCCCAUCUCUGGGCAUCCACCUCCCUAAUUCCUCCCGCCGCUCUCCGUCCUUCUCCAAGUCGCACGCGACCGACGAUCUUCCCCCGUCAAAAAAGGUCAAGAGGUCGCACGACUCAGGCUCCCUGUCGCCCGAGCCGUCCCCAUCCUCGACCCACGACUACAAGAACUCCACAGCCAUGCGCGCAAUCCGGCGCACCGCUUACGAGCAUACACCGCCGCCGUCGCCCAUGGACGGGGUUGCGCCCAAGAUCGACACCGAAGGCAUCAACGACGAUAUCGUUGUCGCCGCCAUUGAUCAACUGGAGAAAACGGGGAAUCGCCCACACCUGGUGAAGGAGCUGGCUGCAGUACUCAUCACAUUGAAUGCGAACGUCGCCAAGUAUGUUUUUAGAUCUUCUCCGUUGCGAAAUUCACGUGCUAAUCUUCUCUCCAGUUCUGUGAAUCCCGCUGCCCUGCUCUCGUCGCGGCUGGCCGCGUAUAUGAAGCGCCCCUGGACAGCGCUCGCUCCUUGUCCUGUCGCUAAAGAGCUCAUUCCCAUUCAUCCGCGCAAGGUGUACUACUAUCUCACGACCUGCCCUCGGCAACCGAUCCCGGAGAACUCGGACGAUCUGUUGGUCAUCGUGGACGGCAAGAACAUCACUCCCAGUGUAUCCAGCCUGGAUGACGAAGACGAUGUCAUGGCGCGGGAGCGUAGCCCCAGCCCUGAAGUCGACCUGUCUUCCCCUGACUUUGAAGAAGGGGAGGAUUCCUCCGCCUCUUCUGCCGACUCUAUCUUCGAUAAACAUACGCGCCUGAUGCAUUCGAACCGUGCGGCUUCCCCACCCCUGGAGGGUGACGAGAAGGAAUUUACACAGACGGCCAGCGCAGUGCGCGAGCGCGCAUCCGAGGAAAAAGCUAACCGGACUGACCGUAGCCUUUCCGUGCUGUCGGAGGAACUCAGCGCGAUGGAAGACUCGCGCGACUCCCCUGUUGACGGUGGAUCGCUCUCGCCGGCUGAGCGCAUGUCCGAGGAAGAAUACAGCGACUACUUUACUCACAUGACGGACAUGCCGGAACACUCGGAUGAGGCCGCUGCCACCGCACUGUUUGGUACCUCGCCGUCGCCAUCGCUCACUUCGGUUGCAUCGUCGCUCUCGUCUGGCUCGAGCACAGUCGCCGAUGCCGAGACACCCGUGGCACAGAUCAGCCUUCCCGAGGCUCCUGUGUCGACACUGAAGCGGUCCUUGGAUAUGCUGAACAGCGAGCUCUCGGAAGUGGACUUGAAGAUGUCCGAUCUGACCGAGUCGCAUGAGAAGCUGUCCCUGCACCCCCGGACCGAGUCCUUCUUUGACUCGUGGCGGGAGCUUCAGAACCCCGAGUCCGUCGAAAUGGACGAACUCGACGAGAUGUUUGGAGAAAUCUAA